AAUAAAAUCCAGUAAGCAAACCGUAACGACAGGGUUCGGUUUCGUAUCAUUCAUUACAGUGAUACUAUGCAGGGGGGAAACUUGUGAAGAACGUUGAAGGCGAAAGAGGAACGAACGGAGCGAGCAAUGUACAAAACGAAGGUGCAAGAGCUGUGCCAGCGACGGUCGUGGCCCUUGCCCACCUACGACACCACCAGAGAAGGUCCCGAUCACGAUCCUCGCUUCACCUCCACCGUCACCGUUAACGGCGUGUCCUUCCAAACCUCUGCCCCCACGCGCAACUCCAAAAGCGCCCAAAACGACGCCGCUAUGCUCGCCUUCCUCCACUUCUCCCCGCCGUCAUCGUCACCGUCGCCCUCACCGUCGCCGCCGUCUCCCUCUUUUCCCCAACACACUCUCUCCCUUCCCGCUCUCUCUUCUUUCCCUCAGCCUUCGCUUUGCAACUCGUCUUCUGGUGCACCUGAUCCCAGAUCUGUUGUUGAUGAUGUACAUCUUCACUCAAAUGGAUUGCUGCAACUGAAAUUGGAAGAAGUGUGCCAAACAUCUCAAAUCAGUAACCCUCUACCGGCUGUUAGAGAUACAAUAACAGUGGAAAAUCAAAAAAACAUGUUACAUUUGUACAAGAACCAGCUGCAAAGCUUUGUUCAAAAGAAAAAUCUAGGUCUUCCAGUAUAUUCUUCCGAGUUUGAGGGUCCUCCUCAUGCCACGCGUUUCAAGUGCAAAGUCACUAUUGAUGGACAUACAUAUGGAGGUGACAAAUUCUAUUCUACAUUGAAGGAUGCUGAGCAUGCAGCCGCUGGAGCUGCUUUAAUGUCAUUAUUACCAGGCGGAGUUGAAGAGGGUCAUACUGGAUUAUACAAAAAUCUUUUACAAGAAUUGACUCAAAAGGAAGGAUUCCGAUUACCCAUUUAUAGCACAAAUAUAAAUGGUGAAGCUCAUAUGCCAAUAUUUGUGUCACAAGUGGAGGUAGAAGGGGUGCUCUUUACUGGGCAAGAAGCUAAAUCCAAGAAGCAAGCAGAGAUGAGUGCAGCCAAGGUAGCUUAUAUGGCUUUGAAAGAACACAAAGGCAAGUCAGAUAAGAGUUCUUCAUUCCCCUUUUCAAAUUAUGAAGGACAGGUUCCCAAGUUCUCGCCUGACCACUCUGAGUCAAAUGUGGUAUCUUUUCUUAAACACAAUGCCAAUCCAACUUCAUCUGUGGGCCUUGGAUUAGUCACCUCGAGUGAACAUAGCACAGACACAUUGAAGAAUGUCUCUACUUCAUCUGGAAAUACAAAUGGCUACACCAAGGUUUCUACCUUGUCAAAUGAUAAUUCUUCACCUUCUCUGUCUGGCAGCAGCAAAAUGGUUUCUGAAACAAGUGACAAGUCUUCAACUGCAGUGUACACCACCUCCUCAUGCAUAAAAAAGAUUGUUGUUUACUCACGCAAGACAAACGUGGAAAUUGAAGAUGAUGGAACUAUGUUGCCAAUUAGCGAUGACAAGUGGGUUGCUUACUCGUAUUCUUAUUGAGAUAGUUGGAACUCCUGCAUCAUAUUUUUUGUUUCUCAAUGUAUUUGUGUAGGAUUUGACUCCCGGUAAAUUUUAAAACAUAAAAUAUGGAACUUAUAACCUAUCGACUAAAAGACACAGAUGAGAUUUUAACCUAAAGAAAGUGAAGCAGAUUAGUUAAUUAUUCAGUCAUCAACAACUAGGAAUUUCUCUGCUCAGAUUACAUAGAAGAACAUUUAAGAAUAUGUAGAUAACUAUAGCUCUAUGGGGAAAUGCUAGAGACCCUUAUAUUUGUUCUUUUA